AUUCCUACCCCAAUUUUCGCGUUCCAAACCCCUGAUGUAUACCUUGUACAGGUUAUACCCGCAAAGUAUUCCUUUGUAAAAUAAUUUCUAUUCUAUUCUCUUCUACUCUUUCAUGCUAUUGGCAGUGCUCCUAGUUUCAUCACUGUGAAAUAUUGUGUAAAAAGUUGUUUCUGCGGUUACUGAACUUAAUUUGAAUUAACCUUGAACGGGAAUGAUAGUAUCUGUCCCGUAAUGAACUGUAAUAGGGAUGUUGGCGUAGUAUUUAUUUUAAGUUGUCUUACCGUGACAGUCUCAGAUAAUAGAUACUAACUACGAAGGGCUGUAUGUUUUCAUUUUUUAAAAAUUUUGCUUAUAUUCCAAUGAACGUUAGUACGUGUACAUUAAAAAUAAAAAUGAGUUCAGUGAGAUUUAUAUUAAGACAGAUACAUACUAAGCUGGAAACUCAGGUACCGCUUGUUCGUAACAGAGCUUUUGUUAAUGGAGAAUGGAUCAGUGCAGCAAGUGGCAAGGUGUUUGAUGUGAUAGAUCCAGCAAAUGGGAAGAUUGUGGGUUCUGUUCCUGAUAUGGAUGCAUCUGACACUGCGAAAGCUAUUCAAGCUGCUGCAGAUGCUUUUGAAACUUGGAAGCAUACCACUGCAAAGGAACGAUCAUAUUAUUUAAGGAAGUGGUAUGAAGUUCUGGUCAAACAUCAUGAUGAUUUAGCGACACUCAUCACUGCGGAAGCAGGGAAGCCAUGGAAGGAGGCUCAUGGGGAAGUGUCGUAUGGCAAUUCUUUUGUGGAGUGGUUUUCUGAAGAAGCCAGGAGGACUCAUGGUGAAAUUCUUGCCAGUCCUACUCGUACCAAAGAAAUGAUCCUGAUAAAACAGCCAAUAGGAGUUGCUGCAUUAAUUACACCAUGGAACUUCCCGAUUGCAAUGAUAACGAGGAAGGCGGGCGCAGCACUUGCUGCUGGUUGCACGUGCGUUGUGAAGCCAGCCGAGGACACGCCCCUCACUGGACUUGCGCUUGCACAGCUGUCACAAGAAGCAGGUCUGCCCAAGGGGGUGUUCAACGUGAUAACCAGUAACAGAGAUCAUGCACCUGAAGUGGGGAAACUUCUCUGUGAAAGUCCGCUAGUAGCUGGAAUAUCUUUCACAGGUUCGACUGCAGUAGGAAAGUUACUGUAUAAACAGAGCUCAUCUGGUGUUAAAAGAUUGGCGUUGGAACUUGGCGGAAACGCUCCAUUCAUAGUUUUCAACAGUGCUGAUAUUGAUAAGGCAGUUGACGGAGCGAUUGCAUCAAAAUUCCGUAACUGUGGCCAGACAUGUGUCAGUGCAAAUCGCUUUUUGAUCCAAGAUGAAAUAUUUGAUGUGUUUGUUGAUAAAAUUCUCGAUAAAAUAAAGACCCUUUCCAUGGGGUCUGGAAUGGAUCACUCUUGCUCUUUGGGGCCCCUCAUCAACACAGCUCAAGCACAUAAGGUCAACACAAUUGUUUUGGAUGCUAUCAAGAAAGGAGCAAAAGUUCAUUGCGGGGGGAGACCAGCCUCCUCUUUGGGUGAGAGAUUUUAUGAACCAACUUUACUUACAAAUAUAAAUGAAUCAAUGAUGUGCUACAAUGAAGAGAUCUUUGGACCAGUUGCAGUAUGUAUAAGGUUCAAGACGGAAGAAGGUGGUGUGACCAUUGCCAAUAGCACAAGACAAGGUUUAGCAGGCUAUUUUUUCAGUAAUGAUGUCCCACAGCUUUGGAGAGUGGCCAAGGAAUUGGCUGUUGGGAUGGUUGGCAUUAAUGAAGGCAUUAUCUCCACCGCAGAAGCUGCAUUCGGUGGCAUUAAAGAGUCCGGUAUUGGACGCGAAGGAUCUCAUCAUGGCAUUGAUGAGUUCACAUAUACAAAAUAUAUGUGUUUUGGAAAUCUGUAAAUAUGUUUGUCACUUCAAGAAUACCUGCUAACCAGGUAAGUGAUAAGGAAGGUACAGAAUGUUAUGACACUAGUUCAGUUGUGCACAUCUUUAAAACUAUUGACAUUUAAUGUGUAUUCAGCCGAAAGCUCUGAAUAUUCAGAGGUGCAUAAUUCUGGCUAUGUAUUCAUUGUUGCUUAGUGCAUAUUUCAGUGCUAAUAGUGUUACUGCAUUAUAGCUGUAUAUUAAUAUGAAAUGUGUAUAAAAUUAUAAAUUAAUAUUUCUUGGCCAUAAGAAACAGAAUGCCCAGUGUUAUGAAAAUUGACAUGACCUGCUUUCAAGAUUUCCACUUGUUUGGGUUUUCAUUUCUGUAUGCCACUAAACUUUGAUAAUACUGCAAGAGGGUUAAAAACAGCACUAUCCUUGGUGUAGGCCAGCAGUAGCAUGCCAAAAGAAUUGCUGGGCAUUCAAAAUUUUGUUUCAGAGAAAUUAAAUAUAUAUGUGGGACAUUUUUUAUAGUUUAACGACACUUUUUGAGUGGCUCGGACUAUAUAGUGUCGAAUGAGAGGACGAUAAAGAAUGGAAAAGAUGCGGAAGGAAGCAGCCAUGGCCUAAUUUAAGGUAUUAUCAUGGAAUUUGCCUGAAGGGACUGAGGAAAACCACAGAAAACCCCAGUCAGGGUAGCUGGUCUGUGGGCCAAGAUAUAUAUAUGUUGUGUAUGUGGCAGUACACAAAUAUAUAAGAGCUUUGGUUGGCAACACUCACAAAAUUGGAUCACAAAUUGAAAGGGAAGGUAUUAUGCGACUUAUAAUUUUGAUUUUUAUAGUUACAGUGUUCUUGAAUGUUACUUCCAUCAUUCCAAGUCAGACAAGUUGUGGUUAGGGAAGAAAAUAAAAGCUGUCCCACUAUACGCCAUAUAGGCACAGAGGUUCUUGUCCAUGGUUAGGAUGGGUUGAAAAAAUUACAUCUGUGAUUGUGAGCCCAUACUCUAUCACGUAAUAUUUAACCCACUUUAGGUAUCUUCACAGAAGCUAAUCUGUAGAGAAAAUACAAAAUGGUAAUUUAAAUAAUUUGAUGGAAAACAUUCUGAUCAGUAUUCCUAUUAAAAUGAAACUGUUGUAAAUAUAUGUGUAAUCAAAACACUACUACGCGGUAGGGUUAUAUACAAUAUUAUAUUAUUUUGCCUGGACAUUUCCCUAGUCUGUUUAAAAAUUACACCAAUAUAAACUUAAAAGUUCUAAAAUCCCAACUUUUCAGAGACCGGUGCUGUCUCUUUGUUCAGUUAACUCUGUACGGUCUGUCUGAUGAAGCUAGUCUUGUGGUGUAGUUUUUAAAUAUUUAAACAGACAGUUGAUAGAUAAUAUGUAAGCAAAAUAACCUAAUACAGCCAGAUGAUACCAUUAUAUUGUUGUAGGUAGUUAUUAAUGUUUCAGAGGAAUUUAUUGCGUUUAUCUUCAAGAAGAUGGAGGUGAUAUAUUUCUCCCAACUGUAACUGCCUAUGAAAUAUAGUCAUAACACAAACGCCCUCAAUUCAUAUUUUUACUGGCAAUAAAUCUCGUAUCAGUAAUCACUUGUCUUCCAAUCUCAUGUUCUUCCAUGAUUAUGUCCACACAUUUUGUUAACUUAGGAGGAAUCUUGUGUAUUUGGGCUUCCAGAUAUGUAUUUAGACACAUAAUAAAUAAAGUAUAUAAUAAUUUUCUAAA